AUGGAGAAACGGUUUGACGAGAAAUUGGAGCAAGCUGAAAAGCGCUUCAUUUCCGUCUUUAAAGAACAUAGACAGGAUUAUAACAAACUUGACAUCAAAGUAUUUAUUGACUCAUAUAAUGAAAAGAGUCUUUCUCUUAAUGCCUUGUUGGAGGUGGAUAAAUCACUCAUGAAUGAUCCGCACUUUCUCGAGAUGAUUAAGGACGUAAACAGAUUUUGUUCAGACGAGUAUUGUAAGAGAGUAGCACCGAUUGACAAAAUUUAUGUAUUUGUAGCAGGCACAUUGAAGGCCCUUCUUCGUGACUGUAUAUCCCUCUACAGUGACGUCUAUAUACGAAAGGAAAUGAUCGAGAAGGCAUAUUCAUGGUAUAGAGAUAAGCGUAGGAAGCUUCUCGAAUUUCGUCUUGCAGUUCAACAACAAGAUAUGAUCAAACAACAACGUAACUCCAAGUCAUCUCAAAAGCAUUCGGCUCGGGGUGGUGCACCUCCAGUCUCUUCUCUUCCCCUUCAUAAUCUUCAAAACGCUUCUCAACAAGCAGCCGAACCUUCUGCUACCACUGCCACAGCAACUUCUCAAAGAAACUCAACAGUUCCUACUGAUCAGCCUCUUCCUUCUUCUCAAGCAUCGUCCAGAUACUCUUCUUCGCAUCACUUAUUUAUUCCAAGUUAUGAGGAAAAUGGAACGAAUGAGCAACAAGAAAAUUUACUGAAAUAUGUGGACAAGUCCACAAAGCGAGAUAAGCAAAAUGCAGGCCACCCUCUUGAUCCAAGAGUAAUUUCGUUUGACGUUCUUUCGAAACCGUCCAAUGAUCCUAAAGUGCCAUUCUAUGCCAGCGAAGAGAAGAAACGAAAAGCAGUCAUUAAUCACAAACUGAAGCAAUAUUGCAAGAGAAAUCUGGCAAAAUCGUACGACGAGAGAAUGAGUGGAACCUAUUUGACCUCUGUUAACACAAAUCAGUCAGUCACGGACGAAAAAACACAAUCUGCUCGAGCUGGUGAAAGCUCAAAAUCAACAUUGAUUGAUACCCAUCGUUCUCAAGUCUCUUCAAAAGUAUUACUUGGAGCCUCCCUUAAUCUAGCUUCGAGUCAGCUUCAAAACACAAAAGACGUAUUUUCCAUGUAUGCAGAUGAAAUUAAGGGAACUGGAAGUGUGGAACACAUCAUGCAAAAUUGGGCCAUGUAUCGAGCUAAGGAGGCCGAAGAACAAAUUGAAGAGUUGGAGUUUAGAGAUGCUGUUCAUUCAUGGAGAAUUAACAGAGCAAGAAUUGAGGAAGAAAUACAGCGAAGAUUAGAAAGUCAAUGGUAUAGCUCUCAGACCGGUUCAGUCGUUCAUAAAAUUCGAGACUACAAAUUACCCACACUCAUAAAACGAGACAACCUUCUCGAGGACAGUAGUGACGAGGAAGAUGAACGACGCCCCAGAAGUGCUGCCAGUGAGGCCUCGAGGAAAAGUGUCAUGUCUAGGGCAUCGAGAGCGAGCAGGAUUGAAGAUGAUGAAACAGAAUCUAUUGCAGACUCAGAAUUGAUGAACCGAGAAGAGUCUUCCACCUUUCUUUCUCCGUACAGCACAAAUCCAUGCUUCCUCAAACAAAGUGACAUCUCUCCAGAUGUUUCAGAAGCUCCUUCCCAACAACAGCAUGCUUCGACUACCACCACUCAACCAAUUCCACCACUUCCACCAAAAGGGUUCACAACACCAAAGACUGUGGACCUUACUUCUUCAUCUCCAAUGACUCCUUACUUUGUGAACGAGUUUGUACAAAUACCUCGCUCUCGGCCAGCAACUUCAAGCAUUUCUUCGGCAAGAAAUAUUGGACCGAUCAGUAGUGCCACCACAUUAGCUAGGCCAGCAACAAGUGGUCAUGCAACAAGAGGUCACAAUUCACUCUGUGACUCCACAUCUCAGCACAAAGUAAUUUCCCAUAACGUAUUUGAGCUUUACGCCAAGCAACAACAAGAAAAGAACAAUCAAAAGAAAAAACGAGCUCCAUCCGAAGGAAAGAAGCAAGCACCACCUGCCAAGUCAGGAAAGACUACUGCAGAUACUAAGAAAAAACCAGACGCGUCGAUUCAAGCUUCUUCUCCCGAUCAAACCUCCAAGCAAGAACAAGUCGAGGAACCAUUAGGAGGUCCACCUACAUUGCAAAAAAACAUUGCCAUGGACCAAUGUGAAAAGAUUAAGAUUUUGCUUUCAAAAGAAGGAGUAUUUAUUCCAUCCUCAACCUUACGAAGGGCAAUUAUCAUACCUGAGGAUAGACCUUUGGAGGAAUGUUUGAAAGCUCUUCCAAAAUCUUCAUCGACGGUUGUUUAUGAAGAUGUUGUUGAACCUGUUAAAAAGAAGAAGGAAUCCAAAAAGAAGAAGAAGGGAAGAAGAGUCUCCAGUGCCAAAGGUUCAGCAAGGAAUUGA